AUGGAGUGUUGGGACGCCACCCUGUGCUAUAUGAGCUGGGCUAUGAUCGCCGCGGGUGUGGCCCACCUGUGGCUGCAGAACCACAUCCAGAAAAAGUACGGCCGCUACAUACAGGCGGGGUUUCGCUGCUGUCCAGCCAAAAUGGGCUGGUCCAUCCAGGAGCUCCCAUCCUUCCUGGUGCCAAUGCUGCUGCUGCUGCUCACUGAGGACCCGGACGCCGGGUCGGGGAGCAGUGGGCUCAGGAGAGGGAGGACGCUGCUGCUCUGCACCUUCACGCUGCACUACUUCCACAGGAGUUUUAUCUAUGGCACCCUGACCAGAGGACGACCAGUCCCCCUGAGCAUCGUCCUCAGUGCCACCAUCUUCUGCUCACUCAACGGCUUUAUGCAAGGACACCACCUGCUGCAUUGUGGCCGGUUUGAGGACAGUUGGCUGGUGGACGCUCGCCUGGCUACAGGUUUUCUUCUGUUUGUUUGUGGUAUGGGCAUCAACAUCCACAGUGACCAAAUCCUGCGCAACCUGAGGAAACCCGGAGAGAUCGUCUACAGGAUCCCCCACGGUGGAAUGUUUGAAUUUGUGUCCGGUGCCAACUUCUUCGGGGAGAUUGUGGAGUGGUGUGGUUAUGCUAUAGCAGCGUGGUCCUUACCGAGCUUCGCCUUCGCUUUCCACACCAUCUGCUUCAUCGGGCCCAGAGCCUGCCAUCACCACAGAAACUACCAAGAGAAGUUUGAGGACUACCCUCCCUCCAGGAAAGCUCUUAUUCCUUUCUUAUUUUGAUGAUGGAAGUCUGCAUGGAUUUCACUUCUAACACUUGAAGCUGAACAAUCAAAUUCACAUUUUUAUAGAAGAAAUAAUCAGAAUUUGCUGAAUCUCUUUUCAAGACACCGUCUGAAAUCACUCCCUUUUCACAUUCAUAAUCUCUCUACAGCAGGCGUCCAUGGGACGAGCUGUAUUACGGUCAGUUAGAAAGCGUAUACUGUAACUCUGACAGGAUUUUCUCACUUACAGCCUGCCCUUGAUUUCUCAUCUGCACUGUCAAACGUGUCUAACAGACAUUUCAAGUCCAGCAGCUAAAACACUUUUGUGCUUCGCUACUUUCCACAAAUCAAGCUUCAAAACAACCCAUCUUCACAUCUUGCUCAGACAUCAGGUGGACUGCAGCUUGUCUACAACUGUAGUCUAACCACAACACUAUGGGGAAACUACCUUUUGUAGCCCUGAUGUGACAUCUUGUAUUUUCCUCUCCUGUUAGUGUUGUGACCGGGCCAAUAUAUGGGCCUAUGCAACCCAGACACUAAUAAGUUUUACUAGCUCUCAAAGAAUAUUAUCCCUCCAGUUUCUAGAGGUCAGAUUCAUACAAACUCUACAAGUACUGGGUUACCACACACAGAUAAGUCUGCAAACAGAGACGUUGGGUUUGUCCACAGAAAUAAAGAUUUGAGUCACUAAAUAAGUUAACAGUGGAACAAUGUUUAAAAAAGGCCUAACCCCAGAAGCUAAAAUACUAUGGUUAAGAAGAAGAUACUCCCCACUCAAUAAAUACAGUGCAGAACAGGAAUAAGAAAUGGUCAGAGGUCUACAGGUUAGAAAAGACCCAUACAUAAACAUCACAACAAUCAGUCCAAACCAAACAUAGGAGGGUCUUGCCUCCCUGCACCUCCAACCAUUUAUAUACGACUCAUACACCAUAAAACUUGAGUACUAUACAAUGAACAGGAAAUAUAAGGCAGAGCAAGCUUCUUAACAAAAAGUACACAAAACGAAACAAGCGAACAAGGCAAAGCAAAGCAGCAGUGGCUGUCACCCCUUGGCUGCACGUCACCCUACACAACAUGUGCGAUGGACGUCAACUUCUGCAGGAUCACGCUUACAGUUAUCACCGCUGGAAAACAUGCAGUAAUCCCCUAAACAAUCUCAAAGGGAAAGCAGGACACAGAUCAAUGGAGGAAGGUUCACUUCAAAACAAUCACAGCAGCGACCAGCACAGGAAUUGCUUAUCGCUACAGCUUCUCCGGGGGUGGUAUUUAUAUCCAUAAUCAUCCCAGCACAUUGGUCACUGUAUAGGUAUGUUUAAAAUUUGAUAUUGACCUGAUAAGAAUUCAUUUCCAUCUCCCAUUGUUAUAUGUAUCUUAUCAUCCUAUAUUUGUAUUAGUGUUUUUAUUUCACUUGUUUCUGUUUUUUUUCUGUCUGUCCAAUAAAUAAAAAUGUUUA